CGAAGGAGAUGAAGAAGCUGAAGAAACACUACGACAUGUUAGGCUACAUUUGCGAUGCCCAAUAUGGAAUUCCUACCCGUUGCCCAUGUGGUGGUGAAAUCAAGACAGAUGUGUCUCCAAAUCCGAAGUAUCGCCACGAUUUCGAUACCUUGCCUGGAAGUAGGUACUUCACCUGCAAGAAUUAUGAGGAUGAUGGGAUGCACUUUCGUCAGCCAUGGACUUUUGGUCUUGAGGAUGAAGUGAGGCAACUAAGGAUGGAGGUCAAUAAUAUGGCUGAAGAGAUUGCUAAGCUUAAGAGGCUUAUUACCUCCACCUCCCCUCCAUGAGACGAUGCUCUCAACUCUAAGUACUCAGUUUAUGGAUUUGCUAAAAAACUUUGUAUUUCCCUAUCUAUUUCCAAUAAUUUCGGUUAAUACAAGUCUUUGUUUGUUAAGACUUGUAUAAGUGUCUCUGUCAAAACUUAUGUUAUAUUCGAAGCUAGUCUUGAAUCUUAUCUAAUGUUAGAACCCUUA